UCGAAAGUGGUUUUGCCCAGCACGGUUUUUUUCCCCAAGAACGUAACCCCCCAGCGUUCGGCGAGGUCUGCCCAUAACUGUCGCGGCUCGCACUGCGCGUGAUUCGUCGCGGUCCCUGAGUCUCCAUGGCGGUCCCCUCCUGCUCUCAGCUGCCCGGGAACGUGGAGUCGCGGAGGAAGGUGAAGUGGGACACCGGCAAGGAGAGCCUCCUCAUAGAUUUCUUCCAAGACAAUCGGCUGCUGUGGAAUGACACCGACCCUGACUACUUCAGGCAGGACAUGAGAGCGGAACGGCUUAGUGAGCUACGGCAAUUCCUUGGUGCCGACUCGCAGGGAAUUCCUUUCAGAGAGGAGGACAUCAAGACCAAGUGGAAGGUGCUCCGAGGCAGCUACUACAGGGAGUUGCGCAAGCAGGACCAGUGUAAAGAGCUGUGGUUAGACUCCAACAAGCAGUACAUUCCCCGUUGGGUGCAUUUCGACAAAAUGUGCUUUAUCCGCAAUACGUACUGCACCAGAGGCAACAUCAGCAAUCUGCAGCGGGCGUCCCUCCCCGUCGUUACGAAUGCCGCUCUCAAACUUAGCACUUCGGACAACGAGAAUGACGACGCGCUGGCCGCCUGCGAGCAGAUUGCCUCUGACUCGCACACCAUCGGAGCGCCGUCCGACCCCAGCAACUCGGGCUGCCUGCUCAUGUCGUCAUCGCAGGCGCCCCAUGCGAGGAAGCGUCGCCUGAUCGGAGCGGCAGGACACUCUGGCCCGGACCUGCUUCACCACGUGACCGGCAGGGACCUGCACUCCAGGCUGCAGCUCCCACACGAUGCUAACGAUGCGUUUGGUGUCCACGUGGCCCUGAUGUUGAAGAGCCUGCCCCCACGGCAGUGCGACCUGGUGAAGAUGGACAUCUUGAAGGUGUUCUUUAAGCACAAGUACCCGUGCAUUGAUGACGGGGAAGUGACCGAUGGAUUUUCCCCGUGAAAACAUUUCUCCCUUUUGUCAUUUUUGUUACGUUUGAUUUUUCAUUAUGUUUACUUGACGGUGAAAGUUGAGUGUAAAGAUAAAGGUACAGACCUAACAUUUAUUGCUCGUGUCACUUCCGGCACAAGCGCUUUCGUUAGAGUUUUAAGAGGCUGGAUGGACAAAGGUGGGACUUAAGGAACUUGGCUAUUGUUUCAAUGGCUGCAUCGGAAGAUUGAAACUGAGUGUGCAAUAUGGUAUAUAUUGUGAUCGCGUGUUACUGUGUUGCUUGGAUCAUGAUAGGUAUUCUGUUUAAACCUUUCGUGACUGCAGGGUUGUUGGUUGAUCUUCUUGGUUGUUUCGGUAAAGUCACGUAGAAGGGAAAUAAUCUAUAUAUAUAAAAUCGCGAAUCUGUCUGUCUGUGUGUGUGUCUGUGUGUCGCCGGACCAUACGCAGUUUCAUUGGACGGCGGUUGCCCCUGGCAACGGGUAGCGACGCCUUCGCCGCGGGGUGGACGCCAUUUUUAAUUCCCAUUAAAAAUAGGCGCACGCAUUAACACGCGACUCUUGAGGUAAAUUCAUCAAAGUUUCACGUCCUCUUCACUCCCCCCCCCACCACAAUGUGUGCAAUUACUAUUAUAGGGUCGGUAGAUUAUAAAAUUAUAGCGAUUAGACAGUAUUAUUGUAGCCCAGCGGGGGGGGGGGGGGGGGGGGGGGAACGGCACCCGUACCCAGCCUCAGCCGGGUGGGCAAUUUAGGCGAGGCCGGAGGCUCUGCAUGGAACUAGGCCUCGACACCCACCACGCGACUCUGAGGUAAAUUCAUCAAAGUUUCACGUCCUCUACAGAGUGGUGAGGGAGGGAGAGUGGUGAGGGAGGGAGAGUGGUGAGGGAGGGACUCAGCCUCAAAACGAGUAACUGGUGUGGCAUAUUAACAUCGCCACUGGGGAGACAAAGGCGGCCGGGCGUGGUGGAUCCAAGUCCCGGGCGAAGCCGGGUAGUACAGCUAGUAUAAAAUAUAAAACAAUUAAAAUUCUCACGACGUUUCGACUGUAACACAAGCAAUCAUCAUCAUCCGGUGUGAAAUCCACAGCAAGAAAAUUUGAAAAAAACGGCGGAAGAUCUUCGCUCGUGGCACAAGUUCGGUGUCAAUGCUGCGAUUGACAAGCGCCCAAGGCGAGAGACAUUCGCUCAUUGACUGCGUAAUGCGUCAAAAUAACGUUACAUAGAGGUCCUGUGUGGUGUAUAAUUCUCGUAUUACAUAUACACCCAUAGUUUAUCAUUUGUAUUGUCUGAGCGCGGAACGCAAAUACGAAGUUACCCUCCUCCCCGUGUUGCCUGAACGGUGGUGUGACGGCAAGUGCGUCUAUGAAGUCCGGCAUGGCACACGAGGGGGUGGGUGGCCAGCACUAUUCCCGACCGCCUUUGUCUCCCCAGUGGCGAUGUUUACACACCGCACCAGGUACUCAUUCGAGGCUGAGUCGCUGAACACAUACGCGCUUAAUAGUAUGAACGUGUUUAUAUAUAUACGUAUAACCUAACACACGACACGCACCUUUGCGAGAUUCCAGUUGUGUCAUCAAUUCUAUGGCGUUACAAUAUCAGUCGGUCAGCCGAAUUGGUGAUGGCUCUCACGCUUACGCCAAAACGCUGGAAAGAAAUUAUGUAAUAAACGCAAGAGCCGCUUGUGA